AUGAGUAACAGGAGCUUACCAUUGGUUGCUGCAUCAGAAGUAGCCAAACACAAUACUGAGAAAGAUUGUUGGGUUACCUUGUACCAACGUAAGAUAUACAAUGUCACCUCAUUUCUCGAUCAACAUCCUGCUGGUGGCGAUAUCAUUUUGCCAUAUGCUGGUAAAGACGUUACUGAAAUCAUGGCUGAUAUAACCAGCCAUUCGCACUCUGAAUCAGCUUAUGAGAUGUUGGAUGAUGAUAUGUUGAUUGGGUACAUGGCCACGGAGAUUGAAGAACGUGAAUUGAUCAACAACAAGAACAAUACUCCAGUUGAAAUGAAGUUGGUUACCACGACAGACUCUGAUGGGAAUGAAUUCGACAUGUACACUUUCCAUGAUCAUUUACCUGCAAUGGAGAAAUUAUCUAUUCAAACCGAUUUCAGUGAGGAUGCAAAGAAGCAUAAGUUUUUGGAUUUGAAUAAACCAUUGUUGAUGCAAUUGUUACGCAGUAAUUUCACUAAGGAAUUUUAUCUUGAUCAAGUUCAUAGACCAAGACACUAUGGUAAAGGAUCAGCACCAUUAUUUGGCAACUUUUUGGAACCAAUUUCAUUGACUCCAUGGUGGGUGGUUCCAUUAGUUUGGUUGCCACCAAAUAUGUACAUCUUUUACGUUGGAUUUGUUAAUCAAUCACCCAUUAUUGCAUUGAGUUUCUGGGUUAUGGGAUUAUUUGUUUGGACCUUGGUUGAAUACUUUUUACAUCGUUUUGUUUUCCAUGUUGAUUACUUGUUGCCCGAUCAUCCAUAUUUCUUAACUUUACAUUUCCUUUUACAUGGUGUUCAUCAUUACUUACCAAUGGAUGGUUAUAGAUUAGUUUUGCCACCGGCAUUGUUUGUUGUCCUUGCUUACCCUUUUUAUAGGUUGGUGUUUGCUAUUUUCCCAUUCUACAUGGCUUGUUCUGGUUUUGCUGGUGGUACUUUAGGUUAUAUAAUGUAUGAUGUUACUCAUUACGUGUUGCAUCAUACUAAAUUACCCAAGUUUUUACAAGAUUUGAAAACUUAUCAUUUGGAACAUCAUUACAAGAAUUAUGAAAUGGGAUUUGGUGUCACUAGUAGAUUUUGGGAUGUGAUUUUUGAAACCGAAAUUCAUGAUACUUUUGAAAAGAGGGCAUAG